UAAUACCUCACUUUUACAACUAUUAGGAUUUGGAUUAUCGACAACAACGUCCUCAUCAAUUAUAACAGCACCAACUGGUGAAAAAGCAGAAUCGCUAAGAAAAUGACUUGCUUCGUGAACGCGAACAACAGAUUUUGCAAAGCCGCAGUUCAUCAACAAAGUGACAAAUGACAACAAUAGCUUCCAUCAAGAAAAAAACAGUUGCAAAUACCAUACAGGAUGAAAGGCAUUGGAUUAAAGCAUUCGUCACCAAUUGUAGCUAUGAUGAUAUACGGAAAUUCCUAGGCUGCAAUGGCUGUAAUAGAAAGACCGACACAAAAAAGAAUGAAUUUUUUACUUGCCAAUGGUGCCACAAAAAAGACAGCAUCUCAAUGCCAAGAUUAGCUCUCAGUUUCGAUGCCCAAGAUGAUACGGGAUCUAUGAGUCUCACAACCUUUAUAAACACCAUUGCACAGCUCUUUGGAAAAACAAUUAGUGAACUAUAUGCUCCUAAAACUUGAGAUCAGAUAACCACUUAUCAAGAAAUCUCAGAAUCACUUAGAACUAAGCCAAUAUACAUUGAGCUUGGACCUACUACGGCGUUAGCAAAAAUUGGUGUUCUGAAAUGGGUACAAAAAUAACUUUCGCUGGAACCAAUAGCUUCACAAGAACCAAAAAACAAAGAAUUGUUGCUCCCAAC